AUGACAAAUAAGAAGAUUCACCACAUAUGCAUGGUUUCAGAUUUUUUCUAUCCAUUGAUUGGUGGUGUAGAAAAUCACAUUUAUCAAUUGGCUCAAUGUUUAAUUGACUUAAAUCAUAAAGUUAUUGUUGUAACACAUGCGUACAAUGAUCGUGUUGGUGUUCGUUACAUGACAAAUGGUUUGAAGGUUUAUUAUCUACCAUUUGUUCCGUUUUACAAUAAUGCAACUUUACCAACCGUAUUUAGUACAAUACCGCUUAUACGAUGUGUAUUAUUAAGAGAAAAUGUGACAAUUGUUCAUGGACAUUCUUCAUUUUCAACAUUGGCUCAUGAAACAAUGUAUCAUGCAAAAACACUCGGCAUACGCACGGUAUUCACCGAUCAUUCAUUAUUUGGUUUUUCUGAUAUUAGCUCAGUAAUAACUAAUAAAGUAUUGCAAAUAUCGCUCGUUGAUUGUCAUCAUGUUAUAUGUGUUUCGCAUACUUGUAAAUCAAAUACAAUGCUGCGAGCCAAUUUAUCAUCCAACGAUAUUUCAGUCGUCCCAAAUGCCAUUGAUUCAGCAGUAUUUGUUCCUGAUACAACUAAACGAUCAAACGAACGAAUUACAAUUAUUGUUGCUAGUCGUUUGGUUUAUCGUAAAGGUAUUGAUUUAUUAAUUGGUGUACUACCAAAAAUCCUAAAAACAUACCCAAAUGUUGAAUUCAAAAUUGCUGGUAAUGGACCAAAAGAAAUUGAUAUACAAGAGGUUCGAGAACGAGAAGCAUACGAAGAACGUGUACAGUUAGUUGGAUCAGUAAGUCAUGAUAAAAUGAACGAGUUUUUAAAUAGUGGACAUAUAUUCUUGAAUACAUCAUUGACCGAAGCUUUUUGUAUGGCUAUUCUUGAAGCAGCAGCAUGCGGUCUUCUAGUUGUGUCGACUAAGGUUGGAGGUAUACCCGAAGUACUACCAUCUAAUGAUACAAACUCCGAUAUUAUGAUUUUAUGUGAACCAGAUGUGCAAGCUGUUUAUAUUGGUUUGUGCAAAGCAAUUGAACGAAUAUCUAAUGGAAAUGGGCCUGAAGUGUCUGAAUGGCAUGAGAAAAUAAAACACUGGUAUUCAUGGAAAAAAGUUGCUAUACAAACACAAACAAUUUAUAAUAAUAUUUCAGAAAAAGUCCCAUUAACAUUAAACGACAGACUAAAACGGUAUAAAAGAUGUGGCUCCAUUAGUGGAAUUGUUAUGAGUUUCAUUGCGAUAGUGUCUUAUUUCAUCGUAAUCUUUCUUAAUUAUACACAACCUAUUCAUUUAAUCGAUGAUGCCAGUGGAUAUACGAGAGAAAAGUUUGAACUAGCAUAUGAAUUAAGAAGGCAAAAUGAUAAGAAAACUAAAUAA